AGUAUGUCCCGAAAAGGUCAUCAAUAUGUUCAAAAAAUUAUUUUCUUUUUCUUAUUUCUGUAAUUUCUAGAAUUAUUUAAAUAGUUUUAAUUGCACCAAAUAAGCGAAAGAAGCGAAAUGAAUUCAAUUACUUUAAAAAGAAAAUUAACAGAGCUCAAAAUAUCUGAGAAAACAGAGAAAAUCACCCGGAAAAGCCCAGAUAAAAGCCUCCUAAGAUUUGACAUCUCGUUUCAUCGUUUGAAACUCGAAAAUAAUUUUUUUAGCAUCAUUUUUGUGUAUUAAAUUUUAAAUCCACUUUAUCUGUGAACAUUUGCACAAGUUGCCAAUUUAGUGGACGGAGAUGCAAAAAUGUCCUUUGAAGUGAAGACAUUGGCCAAGAUGGAAAAAUCAUCAGCGGAGAUUGAGACAGGAGGAAGUUCCAGUAGUGGUGGUCAAGAGGAAGGACGUGGCUUCCGGGUGAGGAAGCGUCUAUCUGAACCACUGUGUUGUCCCGUGUGCAGCUGCACCGUGCGCCCCACGGAGAUUGACCAACAUUUUGCCAUUGAAGUGGAUAGGCUUGAUAAGUUGACACAGCGCAACAGGAAGCUAAUGGGGCAACACAACAAUCACACCUGCAUCGCCGGUACAUCCAGUUCCACAUCAAAUAGUUGUGCCAGCACCAGCAACAGUAGUAGUGCACCUGUUGGGGGGAAUUCUACGAGGGAUUCCACAUGGGGUGCAUACCAGAAGAUUAAGAGAAAUCGCCAGACACGACUGAAGAUGAAAUCCAAGAGGAGAAAGCUUGAACAAGUUUGCCCGAUUUGCGAUAAAUCCAUUCCAUCGACUGAGGAUAUCAAUAUUCACGUGGAAGGGUGCCUGCGGAAGACGCGCAACGACAGGACUUCCGGAAGUAAUUCCAGUGAUGAUGAUAGCAUUGAUAUUGAUGGGGAGACAUUUGAUGAGUAUGAAUUUGCGGGGGAAACACGAAUUCGGGCAACGAGUCUCAUUGAGGGUGGCCUAAGUGGUGCUGGUAUUGGCACAGUGGUCACCAAGGAGAAUCCCGAUGAUGACGAUGAGGAUCUCAAUGUUGACGGGGACGAUACCCACAUCUACGGCCCACCACAAUACUCCGAGAAGGAUGUCAUCUCCCCCCUAAUAGUGUCACAAGAGGAGAAUGGUGAACACCUUCGACGUCUUGUCAUGGGAAAUUCCUCACGCACGCCGGAACUUGUGGAGGAGCCCGAAGAUGCCGACACACCUGCCACUGUGGAUGUUACCACUGUUGAGCAAUCCACAGGGAAACCACAUGAGAUCAUAAUUGAGACGCUAAAGAAGAAAAUUUAUGAGCUAGAAAGUGGCAACCGCAAUAAGUACAAGUGCCUAAUUUGUCUGGAUGAAUACAAGGUACCCGUGGUGUCCAUCUCCUGUUGGCACGUCCACUGCGAGGAGUGUUGGCUCCUCACGCUAGGUGCUCGUAAACUCUGCCCGCAGUGCAACAUGAUCACCUCCAUGGCAGAUCUACGUCGAAUCUACCUCUAAAUUCUCCUCCCCUGAUGAUUUAUUUACUUAUCCUCCCCUCAUACACCUCAACAUUCUCAAUUUAUUGUUUUUUUAUUCCUUCCGGAAAUAAAAAAAAUUAAUUCUUUUUUGUAAAAAAAAA